GCAGGGGACCCCGGAUCACAGAGCAGACAGCCCCCGCUACGGCACAGCGUGGCAGUCUCCAUUCCCAGCAGGUGUCUGCUCAUCCCCUGGGGAACCUUCCCCCUGAUCUCUGCUCUCUUCCUCCUUCCAGGAUCCCGCCCUCGACUCGAGGACUCUUCCCCACACAUAGUUGAGCACCCCUCGGACCUCAUCGUUUCCAAGGGGGAGCCAGCAACGCUGAACUGCAAGGCAGAGGGGCGCCCCACCCCCAUUAUCGAAUGGUACAAGGAUGGGGAGCGGGUGGAGACGGACAAGGAGGACCCGCGGUCCCACCGCAUGCUGCUGCCCAGCGGCUCCCUCUCCUUCCUGCGCAUCGUGCAUGGCAGGUCCUGGAGAGUAGCUCAGCCCUGCCCUGCCCUGCAGUCCUUCCCCAGGCCUGGCCCACCGCUGCCAGUGUCAGGAAUCCCCAGAGAGCUGCAUCCAGGAGCGGGGCCAGCUGCUCCAUUCUGCAUCCCCGGCCCCUUCCCUAGGAGCCCCCGUCCAUCUACCCACUGCAGCCCCCAAGUCCCCCUUGACCAGGCCACGGCUCAUACUCCCGGUGCCCUUGCAGUCCUGCGCGAUGACUUCCGGCAGGCCCCCAGCGACGUGGUGCUGGAGUGCGUGCCACCCCGUGGGCACCCCGAGCCCACCAUCUCCUGGAAGAAGAACAGCGUCCGCAUCAGCGACAAAGACGAGCGCAUCACGGUGAGGCCUGACCCUCCCCAGGGGCAGGCGGGGUGGGGUGCUGGCAUGUCCCGCAGGGGGCUGAGGCAGCGAGCCUCAAGGGCAUCACUAGGGCAUCUGCCGUGGGGAGGCAAGAGUAGCUCACGGGGGCAUCUGUCCUGCAGGCUGCCGCGGGGCAGGGCGGAGAUCCAGAUUGACAACACGCUACGGCUCAGCCGCGUGAGCGCUGAGGACGAGGGCACCUAUACCUGCGUGGCAGAGAACAGCGUGGGCAAGGCGGAGGCCUCUGGCUCGCUCAGCGUGCAUGUUCCGCCCCGGUUAGUGACGCACCCUCGGGACCAGAUCGUGGCUCAGGGCCGCACUGUGACCUUUCACUGUGAAACCAAAGGAAACCCGCCGCCGGCUGUGUUCUGGCAGAAGGAGGGCAGCCAGAUCCUGUUGUUCCCCAGCCAGCCCCCGCAGCCCCUGGGGCGCGGCGAGAUGACCAUCACGGAGGUGCAGAGGGCAGAUUCAGGCUACUACAUGUGCCAGGCCAUCAGCGUGGCCGGGAGCAUCCUGGCCAAAGCCCUGCUGGAGGUGGAGGAUGUGACAUCUGACCACUUCCCGCCAAUCAUCCGCCGAGGGCCCGCCAAUCAGACGCUGGCCGUGGGCGCCACAGCCCAGCUGACGUGCCGCGGGAACCUGCUGCCCAGCGUGCAGUGGCUGAAAGACGGGCAGCAGGUCGUGGGCAGGGACACCAGGGCCAGCCUCUCUGACAACGGGACUCUGCAGAUCACAAACGUGCAGGUGUCGGACUCGGGGCGGUACGUCUGCAUGGCUGCCAGCGCCACGGGGAAGACAGAAUGGAGCGGGGUCCUGACGGUGCAAGAGCCCGGGGCUGACCUCCAGGUGCAGCUCUCCGAGCCUGGCCACCUCCCUGGGCCCCCCUCGGCACCUCUGGUCACCAACGUCACCCGGAACAGCGUGACCCUGGCCUGGAAGCCGAGCCCCCAAGGCGGGGACGCCGCUGGCGGUGUCCCCCUCCCCGGCUGCAGCCAGUCAGCAGGCAGCACCUGGCAGACGGUGGCCGAUAACGUGCGGGUGGAGAAGCACACGGUGAGCGACCUGAGCCCCGACACCAUCUACCUCUUCCUGAUCCGCGCCGCCAACGCCCAGGGCCUGAGCGACCCCAGCCCCGUCUCAGAGCCCGUGCGCACCCAAGGUGGGCAGGGCCUAGUGCAGCGUGAGCUCAGCCAGGUCGCGGUGCAGCUGCAGGCACCCGUCAUCCUCACCUCCACCGCCAUCCAGGUGUCCUGGACUGUGAACCGCCAGGCACAGUUCCUGCAGGGCUACCGGGUGCUGUACCGCCCGCGGGGCGGGGCCUGGCAGGGGCAGGAUGUGCCAGUGCCCGCCCAGCGCCGCCCCCUGCUGCUGGAGCUGCACAAUGCUCCCAGGCUCUCACGGCUGGGCAUGGCGAUUAAGGCUGGUGGGUGUUCUUGGUGCCAGUGCCAAGCCUGCUCAGCCCUGGGGGCACUGCCACCAGCACUCACCCCUCUUUCCUUCCUGCCAGCCCCCAGUGCCCCUCCUCAGGAGGUUUCCGUGGUAGCCGUGGGCAACAGCACCAGCAGCAGCGUGUCGUGGGAGCCACCCCCCGCUGGCGAGCAGAACGGCCUCAUCCAGAAUUACCAGAGCCUGCCCCGGAGCAGGGCGAGGUGCCUGUCAGCAGUGGGGAGGCCUCUGGCUCUACUGGAUGCCCUCUCACUGCCUCUCCUUUGCCCUGUGCCCGCUGCAGAGCCUGCCCCGGAGCAGGGCGAGGUGCCUGUCAGCAGUGGGGAGGGCGUGAGCCUGGCUGAGCAGAUCACAGACGUGGUGAAGCAGCCGGCCUUCAUCGCUGGCCUGGGCGGGGCCUGCUGGGUCGUCCUCAUGGGCUUCAGCCUCUGGCUCUACUGGCGCCGCAAGAAGAGGAAGGAGCUGAGUCAUUACACGGGUGAGGGACCAGCCCCCCCACUGCCACGCGUCAGAGACCAGCCCCCCCGACUGCCACGUGCCAGGGAC